AGGAGAAGAGGAGGAAGAAGAAGAAGAAGAAGAGAGAGAGAGAGAGAAACCCUCGGUGAGAGAGAUAGAGGAGGGGAGGGAGAGGAGAGGAAGAGGAGAUGGAGAUGUGCUCGGACGAGGCUGUGAAGUACGUGUGGGAGGGGGCGAUCCCUCUCCAGAUCCAUCUCCAUGAAUCCGAGGUCACCACGCUACCUCCUCCUUCCCCGAUCUUGAUUUUAGGUCCACGGCUUGGGUAUCUGCCUCUAUUAGUACCGAUCAUAAAGGCUCAUUUCAGUAGCACACUUCCUCCGGGCACCGAUACUGUUUGGUUUGACUAUAAAGGACUGCCACUGAAGUGGUCUAUACCUACUGGAGUUCUUUUUGAUCUUUUAUGUGCAGAACCAGAAAGACCCUGGAACCUAACAGUUCAUUUUAGAGGAGGACAUCCUGGAGAUAUUUUGUCACCCUGUGAAGGUGAAGACAGUGUGAAAUGGAGUUAUAUUAAUUCAUUGAAAGAGGCUGCCUACAUUAUAAAUGGUAACUGUAAGAACGUCAUGAAUAUGUCCCAAGCUGAUCAAUAUGACCUAUGGCAAUCAGUGUUAAAAGGUAACUUGGAUGGGUAUAUUAAAAUCUCAUCGAGGCUUAAGCUUGGACCAUUCAGAGAUGAUUCCUUGGUGAGACCAGCUUCAUCCCCAGCACAACAUCAACAACAAGCUACUGCUGAACAUGAACCUACUGGAUCAGGCAAACCAUGCAGGAUUCCUGUGCGGUUAUAUGUGCGAAAUAUUGGUGAUGAUCUCGAUGACUUGGAAGAUGCACCUAUAAUUGAUAGUUGGGAAAGAAUAUCUUACAUAAACCGGCCAUUUGAGAUUCACAAGGAAGAAGGUGGGUAUCUGACUUUGGAGCAAGCCGUGAAGUCUCUACUACCGGAGAUCUUCGAUUUCAAACCCCCGUUUGAAGACACUCGUGAAUUGAAAAGCAAGGAGAGUCCUGAUUCAAGUUUGACGGACGCGGAGAUCGUCGACACUUCGAAGAGCGUUGAAGAAGAGCAAGCGUCAUCGGUCGCAGAAUCCGAGGUGCAUCCUCCCAAUAGGUUGAAAAUAAAGCUGAUUCGAGUGCAGGGAAUCGAAUUGGAAUCAGAUAUUCCCUUCUAUUGGGUGGCUAACAACUUAAAGAGCACCGAAUUCUUCCUCCACAUGUGCGUAUUUCUCACAGGUCCAACGAAACAUGCGAAAAUGAGAUGAGAUUCGCAAGUCAUCAUCACCUUCAUUUCCUCUUCUUUUAGUAAAUCAAUUACUUUUCUUGUAUAGGUUUCAUAUUUCAUAAUUUCCGGUUUCGUAAUUCGGUUAUCAUUGUAAAGUGUAACAUAGCCUUGUGGGAGAUGCUGAAUGUUUUAACUUGGUGCAGUUGUUUUGUCUUGCAUAACCGAUAUACAGUAAACCAGAAAAUGGCUAAUUCUGCCUAUGCAGGAGCACCGAAAAAGUUGAUUCAA